ACAGUUUCGAAAUGUCAGUAGUGUCAAAUUGUCAAAGCGAAAUGGUGAUACGAAAAUAGCACUGCCGAAAUCAACGCGGUUGUUUGAGUUUCUUGAAAGUUAACUUAUUUUAUUAAAAAAACAGACGCUCCUGUCCACUGCCCAUGAGAGACAAUGGCGACUUCUGCAUAUGAACAUGACGCUGACGGUGGUAAAUUUAUACCUGCAACCCAACGACCCGACGGCUCUUGGAGAAAACCUAGACGUAUAAAAGAUGGUUAUGUGCCACAAGAAGAGGUCCCCUUAUACGAGAGUAAAGGCAAGCAGUUCAAAGCCAAGCAGAACACCGGCCUUCCGGUCGGUCUUACUAGUGAAAUAGCGGAGGAAAUUAAGAAAUCUAAAAAAGGCACUUUCCAGCCUAUACCAGGCAUGAUAAUUAAUGUUGAGAAGAAGAAAAAGAAAAAGAAGACAGCUGUAGAAGAAGCAGCCGAUAAACUUGGAAAAUGUGAAAUAAUAGAGCCAACAUUCACUAGUCCAUCACCAGCACCUAAUGCAAUAUCAACACAGUCAGAUCCAGUUAAAAGGUUAAAAAACUUGAAAAAGAAAUUAAGAGAAAUUGAGGUGCUGGAAGAAAAAAUUAAAUCGGGAACCGUCAAAAAUCCAGAUAAAGAGCAAAAAGAGAAGAUCUCAAAGAAAAAUGACAUAAUUAAAGAAAUAGACACAAUAGAAACGAGUAGCGAGUGACCUAAGUGAAAAUGAUUACUGUCUAAAAUAUAUUAUCAAAGAUCAAUUUUUCAAGAAUUGCAUAAUGAAUUUGCCUUGCGUGAAUGUCCAGCAAGAUUUGAGCAUUGAGGAAUUUACAUUUUAUUUACACCUAAUA